AUGGCUGCUUGCCAGUCAACUAGUCGGAGAGACAGGGUUAUGACCGGUCGUCUGUCAGACGACUUUUUACGAAUAACUACUAGCGCUGGCCAGUCAGUGGCCGACGGCGCUCAACAAUCGUCAUUGAAUCCUGCUUAUCGUCUUGCAACCGGAUUCGUUCCAGCUAAAACCGUUGGCAGACUUAGCGUAACUGUUACACAGGCGAAUUUAACAAAAAAUUAUGGGCUGAUGAAAAUGGAUCCGUACUGUCGUAUCCGCGUUGGAAACACGGUGUUUGAAACUCCGACCGACGCUAACGGUGGAAAGUCACCCGUAUGGAAUCGAACCAUAUACUGUUACUUACCCAGCGGGGUCGAUUCGAUUUAUCUGGAAAUAUUUGAUGAGCGAAGUUUCACGAUAGACGAAAGAAUAGCCUGGGCUCACGUACGCAUUCCUGAAGCGGUCUUUAAAGGAGACACCAUAGACGAAUGGUACAGCUUGUCUGGCAGCCAGGGUGAUGGAAAGGAGGGCAUGGUCAAUCUGGUUAUGACGCUGCAUGUGUGUAUUUUUGUGAUACUUUAA